AUGAGCACGACACUCAAUCAUGAUAGUGAGGGUUUGGAGGUGGUACCGGGAUCUGAUAACAAUGUCGAAGGACUCGAGGUAGCGCAUAACCAUGGUUUUGACGGGUUAGAGGCAUCUCCCAAAGUUCAGACUGCGUACGGACUGGAAGCCGUGAGCAAGGACGGAUCGAGCAACAUGGACAACAUCGAGGGCGCGAGAUGGAGUAAAAGCCAGAACCCGCGAAGAAAGAGAUUAUGGCUCAUCAUAGCCGCUGUCGUUCUCGUGCUGGUGAUCGUGGGAGCUGUGGUGGGCGGCGUUGUUGGAUCACGAAGCAAUCAUAAGGCCCUCGCAACACCAAGCUCUUCUUCAACUCCAUCACCAAGCACAAGUGCGCCAUCUUCUUCAACUACAGCUUCUUCCAUUGACGCCAGUUCGGGUAUUGGAGUAACGGGUUGGUGGUCAUCUGAUUCAGACUUUAGCAUUCGCCUGGCCUACCAGGGAGACGAUAGCUAUCUACACAUGAUGCAGUACAACUCGGGCGAUGACGACUGGUCGACGAUGACUAUCCUGACAAAUCUAGAUGUCAAACAGGGCAGUCCGAUUGCGCUGUCUUGCUUCAACAAUCCUGUAUUCUCCAACUCAGAUCCGAACAGUGAUAACAACUACACGCAAAUCGAGAUCUUCUACAUCAGCGACAGAGGUUAUGUAGCGGAGUGGUGGAUCCGAGAGCAACAAGUGCCCGAGCAGCGAACAUUGAACGGGAAUGGUUCUAUGUCUCCGAACGCCUGGAAAGCAGGAGUGGGCUCCAGAUUCACUUCAUACUGGCCGAGUGUCAUUGUUCAAGAUGACACGAGCCAGUUACAAGAGAUAUACUAUAACGGCAGUUGGUCACAAAAAGAUUUAGGCCUUGCUUGCCAGAAUCAUUCAGCGUUUGCGGAAAUUCCCGUUUCCAUUAAAGGAGGAUUGAUAGGAGCUGAGAACUUCAUUUACCAGCGUGAUGAUCAGAAGCUGUUCGUUGAGGGAAGAAAAGAUUCCACCGCCAGCGCGAGUACUGUAACUAUACCCGCCAUCACUAUGCCGGCUGAAGCAGCGAUUGGAGCGUUUGCUAUCCCACGCUCUUCGGCGAGCAAUGCCGCUAUGAACAAUUAUAUCUUAUGGCAAAACGCCACAGGUGCUAUCCAAAUGACAUGGGAGGAUGAUAACACCGGAUGGCGGACCUCGUCGACUCCAGAGUCACUUGGCACCCCUGACAAGGGCACAGGCAUAACGUGUCUCACGCCCACCCUCUGGGCCGUAGGUUCUUUGCAGCCAGGAUACAGCAUGGCCCGCUGUUACUAUUUAGUCGAUGGACGAAUAAGAGAGAUACAAUACGAUGGCUCAAACUGGUCUGUGGUUGGAAAUGUAAUCUGA